GCGCGCAGGCGCAGCCGGCCGAGAGUCCCACCAGCGGUCCCGGAACCUGCGGUUGCGCCCGAGGCGCUGCCCCCGCUGCCACCGCUCACGAUGGGCCCGGGUCCCCGGCUGCUGGUACCUCUCGUGCUUUGCGUGGGGCUCAGCGCUCUUGUACCUUCUGCGGGAGCGUCAGGCGUCCGCAAGCGAGGCCCCUCGGUGACGGCCAAGGUCUUCUUUGAUGUGAGGAUUGGAGAUAAAGAUGUUGGCAGAAUUGUGAUUGGCCUUUUUGGAAAAGUUGUGCCCAAGACUGUGGAAAAUUUUGUCACUCUGGCAACAGGAGAGAAAGGAUAUGGAUAUAGAGGAAGCAAAUUUCAUCGCGUCAUCAAAGAUUUCAUGAUUCAAGGAGGAGACUUCACCAGUGGAGAUGGCACUGGCGGUAUAAGCAUUUAUGGUGAGACAUUUCCAGAUGAGAACUUCAAACUGAAGCAUUACGGCAUUGGGUGGGUCAGCAUGGCCAAUGCUGGGCCUGACAGCAAUGGCUCUCAGUUCUUUAUCACCUUGACCAAGCCCACCUGGUUGGAUGGCAAACAUGUGGUAUUUGGAAAAGUCAUUGAUGGAAUGACAGUGGUCCACUCCAUAGAACUGCAGGCAACCGAUGGGCGUGACCGUCCACUCACCGACUGCUCCAUCAUCAACAGUGGCAAGAUAGAUGUGAAAACACCCUUUGUGGUAGAGGUCGCUGACUGGUGAUACAAUUGGCAGAAAACAAAGAGGAACACACUCUGCCAGGGUGGUGUGCGUGUGUGUGUUGAUUCUUAAAAGUUACUCUUUUGCUUUGUUUUUUAACUUUAUUCUGUUUUCUACCCCGGAUCACAGGAAGGUUAUAGAAAGCAACCACUCAAAGUUUAGUUAGCAUGAAUUUUGGUAAAUCACUUGUUAAGGGACUUUGCACUUAAAAGACACAUCCCUUUCCUCCAAUGGUGCUGUUUUUAAACUAGAAAACUUUGUAUUGGCUAUUUUCUUUUGAAGAACACAAUCAUUUCUUUGCUGGAUUAAUUGUGACCCCCAAAUUGAGUGAUGCUGAAGAUUUGUCUGAAAAAAGAUGGGAACAAGAAGUUUAUUACUUUGUAUUCAAACAGAAAUUCUUUUCAGGUAAAGGGAGAUUUGAUUAGUAUUAUCUGAUAUAUGUCACAGGGACUUUUACCUGAUGAAAGGUGCUCUGGUAUUCUCUAUAUUAAAUACUUUUUA